GCACAUGAUUAAAUCAGGAGAAAAACGUAGAAGAAGAAAUCAGGAAGUAAGCGCGAUGUAAACAUCCCGGUCACCGGAGUGAAAUAAAAUCCAACACUUGAGCGUUAAACGUUUUUCUGCUGUGUCAGAGUGCGGCCUGUCUGCGGUCUGUGUGCGGCCUGUCUGCGGGCAUCAUGCCGUACCUGGGCGGUGACGACGCGGUGCGGGAGCUGAGGAGAGCUCUGUCCAAUCCAAACGUCCAGUCCGACCCGCUGCGUUACAGAAACACCAUCCUCAAAGUCAUCAGGUCGAUGUCUCAGGGCGUCGAUGUGUCCGGUCUGUUCAGCGAGAUGGUCAAAGCGUGCGCCACCGUCGACAUCGUCCAGAAGAAACUGGUCUACGUCUUCCUGUGCUCGUAUGCCGCUCUGAACCCGGAGCUGUCUCUGCUGGUCAUCAACACGCUGAGGAAGGACUGUCAGGACCCGAACCCGAUGGUCCGCAGCCUGGCCCUGAGGAACAUGACCAACCUCAGGUUGCCCAGCCUGGUGGAGUACGUGGAGCAGCCGCUGACAGCCGGGCUCAGAGACAGAGCGGCGUGCGUGAGACGAGUCGCCAUCCUCGGCUGGGCCAAACUUUACAACCUCCAACCCACCUCAGAGAUCGAUGCUUCCGUGGUGAACGAGCUGUACAGCCUGCUGAGGGACCCCGACCCCGUGGUCAUUGUGAACUGUCUGCGGGCCCUGGAGGAGAUCCUGAAGGAGGAGGGAGGGGUCGCUAUCAACAAACCAAUCACACACCACCUCCUGAACAGGCUGAAGGAGUGUGAUGUGUGGGGUCAGUGUGACAUCCUCAGAGUCCUCCAGCGGUACAAACCUCAGUCAGACGACGAGCUCUUCGACAUCCUCUCCCUGCUCGACGCCUCAUUGGUCAGCCCCCACCCUCCCGUCAUGGCCGCCACCCUCAGCCUCUUCCUCCACCUCUGCCCCGACCUCCCCGCCGUCAGUCAGGCGGCUUUAGAGCGAGUACGCGGACCCCUGCUGGCAGCCUGUGGCAGCGCGUCCAGAGAGAUGAGGUUCACCGCUCUCUGCCACAUACAGUUGCUGCUGCGUUCUCUUCCUGGCCUGAUGGGGGCGCACUACAAACGAUUCUUCUGUGGUUACGCUGAGCCAGCUUACAUCAAGCAGAGGAAGAUGCAGGUUCUGGUGGAGCUGGUGAACGAUGAGAAUGUGGUCAUGUUACUAGACGAGCUGAAAGGUUACUGCACUGAUGUCAACGCAGACACCGCCCAGGCUGCAAUCUCUGCUAUAGGUCGGAUUGGGCGGAGUUACAGCGACAGGUGUUUGGAGAUCCUGACGGGACUGCUCGGGCUCAAACAGGAUCACAUCACGUCGGCGGUGGUGCAGACGAUGCGUGACCUGGUGUGGGUGUGUCCUCAGUGCAGCGACACGGUGUGUGUGGCUCUGGAGGGCUGUGAAGAGACACUGCAGGACAGCCAGGGCAGGCAGGCGUUGCUGUGGUUACUAGGUGUGUACGGGGAGCGGGUCUCUAGCGCCCCCUACACGUUGGAGGUGUUUAUCGAUGGCGUGAGGAGCGAGGCAUCACUUGGUGUGAAGAUGGAGCUGCUUACGACCGCCAUGAGGCUGUUUCUGUGUAGACCUGCUGAGACUCAGGACAUGCUGGGACGACUGCUGCACUACUGCAUCGAGGAGGAGACCGACAUGUGUGUGCGUGACCAAGCUCUCCUUUAUUACCGCCUGUUGCAUUGUGGGAUUGAAGAGACUCGAAAAGUCCUCCAUGGUCCGAGGUCAGACCCCUCUCUGGGCGUUCUGAUUGGACGCCCUGCUGAGCCAAUCAGCCAAUGGGCGUCCAGCUUCAACACUCUGGAGCCUCUGAGGCAGGUCGCCGUGGAGACGGAGUCCGUCAGCAGAGGGAGUCCUGAACAUGUGACCACCGACCUGUCAGUCACUCUGAGCGGCUGCAGAGUCCACGAUGUGCGUUCAGACGGUGUUGGACGCUGUGCAGACUCCUCCGCUGACAUCCCGCCCCCCCUCAGCCUGUCCCCUUCCCCGGCUCUCAGCCCGGAGGAGUUUGAGCGUCUGUGGCUGCAGCGACAAGCUCUGCAUGCUGAGCGAGGUGCUGAGAAAACGGGAGAGGAGGAUUUUGUGCGCUUAGAGGAACGUGUUCGAUGCCCCGCGGUUCCUCACUGUUCCCCUCAGAGUCUUCAGGCUGCCAUGCAGCUUCUCAACAUCCAGACGUUAGCCUUCACGCCGCCACACGCACUCCCCUGGAGGGUCUACCUGUACACACACACGCAGCACACACACUCUGAAGACACACUAUGCCGCACGCUCAUACUCGGUGAGCUGCUCUGCACGGGGGGAGACAGAGAGGGGGAGGAGGGGGGAGGGGGAGCCACAGGGGACGGGGUGAGAAAACCUGAAGAAGAAGAAGUGAAAGUGACUCUUCAGCAGCAGCCGAGAGACGAUGAAGCUCUGAGAGGGUUUCUAUCCAUCCUCACCUCGGUGCUGCACACACUGACCCCAGAGAGUGAAUAAACACACACACACGCUCAUCGUGUGACCUUCUGCACAUCACACAGACUGUAUAAAACAUGGACGUAUUCUCAGUGACGUCACACACUGGUGUCUCUGAAGCCCAACCAGGGUUGCGCCAUAUUGGAAAUGCUGACUCACACUAAUUUUAGAAAAAUCCAGAAUCACACUAAGAGGAUGAUGACCUGACAAACUGCUGCAACACGCCCACCUGUCCAUCAGAGCAGCCACACCCCAAAUUAUGUAAAUGUGUGCAUAACUCUGAGCCUUAAUAUCAAAACAGAACAAUUAAAAAUAUGUCACUUCCUGUACCUGAAUACAGACAAAGAAACAAAC